AUGCGCGCCGCUGGUCUUGCUUGCACACUGCUUCCUGUGGCAGCUGUGAAUGCCGCGAAGCUCCUGCAGUCCAACGACGAUGGCUGGGCGGAGAUAAACCUGCGGACGUUCCACAACGUCUUGCGCACAGCAGGGCACAACGUGGUGCUAUCCGGACCUGCAGAGAACGAGUCCGCGCGAGGUUCCCUCGACAAAGACCCCACUACGCUCAGCUCGCCCUGCGAGUACGACAGCUGCCCCGAAGGCAGCCCCGCCACCGGCUCCAACGCCACGGACCCGCGCCUCAACUACGUGAACUCGUACCCCGUGACCUCCGUGCGGUACGGGCUGAACACAUCUGCGGCGAAUUUUUUCGACGGCACAGCGCCAGAUCUCGUCCUCACGGGCCCCAACGUCGGCACGAACCUCGACAUCCAACUCCCCUUCUCCGGCACCGUUGGCGGCGCCUCCUACGCCGCGCACACGGCCAAGGUGCCCGCCAUCGCGUUCUCGGGCAAGACGGGCGACCCGACCGCUUGGAACGAGGAGACGCCCCUGUACAGCACUGUCUAUGCCGACCUCGCCCAGAUCGUCACCGAGCAUGUCCUCGCGGGCGGCGCGCCAUACCUCCCGGACGACGUGUUCCUAAACGUCAAUUUCCCGGCCGUGAGCGAGGACAGCUGCAACGAGGCGUCGCAGUUCAAGUUCGUGCUCACGCGGGUGAAUCUCCAUACGCCUGGCCUGUCGGACGACGAUGUCCAGACUUGUGAUCGGGAGACGCUGCCGAGGGAGCGGGAGGUCAUUGAUACUGAUGGCUGCUAUGUCAGUAUUAGUGUUGGGGAUGCCGCAGAUAAGACGACGGCGACGGCCGAUAAGCAGCAGGUCGUGCUGGACAAGCUGGGGGAUUUGCUGACUUGCUUGCCUUGA